AGAUCAUUUACCUUCCUUCAAAAAGGUGUAAACAUUUCCUAAUAAAAAUCACAGUUUCCUUUGUUACAUCUUUUUAUGGCAUAUUUUUAAUUAACUCACAACGUUCGUCUAAAACAUAUAAUAUAUUAGACAUACAUAAAAAAAAAAGGCAACACACUUAGCAAGAUGCGAUCAAUAUAUACAUUCGUUACGUUACUAGGGGUGGCGUUUUCCCUUGAUGACAUAUUAAUCAAGGACGACACCCCCUCAUCAUCAGUGAAAGCAAUAACAACCAAAUCUCCUAGUUCAGAUACAAAUGAUGAUGUAUUACGAGUAACGUUGGACCGACAAACCACCACUGCCACCCCAGUCAUUACCCGAUCUCCAAGCAGAACCACAUCUAUACCGGCAAACUUGACUCAGGAAGGAUCGGGAGAGAAUUCAUUAUUUAAAUUAAUGUUGACCAUGCCCACUGAUGACAACUAUUACAAUGUUAGAAUGAACCUUGGCAAUGAGAACGACCAAUUAGUGGAAUUAAGAGUAGACAUAGCCCAACCGGAGAUGUGGGUGAUGAAUGCCGACGAGUUCUUAGAUUGUAGUUAUCUAAGUGAAUGGUGGAGUUCAGAAGAACCUAAUUUAUCUACAAACACUGCAUCCGAACCAGGGUCAUUAACUACCUUGAAAGAAUAUACCGCCACCAACUGUGGUAAGAAUGGAUUAUACACACCAUCACCUUUACUGGACCAGCCUACACCUACCGGAUCUUCCAAUAUACAGAAUGGAGACGCAUUUGUUCUUCCUUAUAUGAACCUCAUAGAUGCCAGCGGUGUAUGGAAUACUGAUAAUGUCCUGUUUAAUUUAACCACUGGAGACCUGGUCAAGUUGACCGAUGUUACCUUUGUCAAUGUGAAUGACACUAAUAUGUAUUCUGGUGGAUUAGGAUUGGCUGGAAGUACCAGAGGAACCGGAUUCUUGAAUACAUUAGUAGAUAUGGGAAUUAUCAACUCUCCAGGUUACUCCCUUUGGUUUGAUCAGAAUCGAACCUGGCAAGGAUCUCUUGGACAAUUGAUUCCAGGGGCAGUAAGUACCAAGUAUUUCACGGGUAAACUUAUUUCCUAUAACAUGUUGAAACAACUGGGUACUAGAUUUCCUUCGCAAGACGCAGCUGCUAAUGAAGACUUGGUAAGUCUUAAUUUACCAAUUGUUUUAGUUUCUGAUGUCCAGGUUGAAAAUGACGAUACUGGUAAAAAGCUAUCUAUUCAAUCCACACCCGGUGGUUUCCCAGUAUUGUUGGAUACUCGAUUAUAUUAUUCAUAUUUGCCCUUGGACGUCAUUGUGAACUUGGCUGUUCAAACCAAUGCAUAUUAUAGUAAUGAUGUUGACCGUUGGAUCGUGGAGUGUGACGUUAUUAGAAAUUCAAGUGCAUCGAUGAAUUUCCUCUUUGGAGAUUUAACUGUCAAGGUCCCCUUGAGUGAAUUUAUCACCGAUGCAGAAGACGACGGUCGAUUAUUAUACUUUGAUGGCGGACAAGCCGCAUGUUUCCUUGCCCUUUCGCCAACUUCAAACACCGGGUACAACUCCCUUGGUUUACCAUUCCUCCGUCAUAUUUACUUGGCCGUGGACAAUGAAGGCCAAACAUUGGCUAUGGCCAACACUAAUCCGUUUUUAAACAUUGAUCGAAAUGCCAUGGUUCAAAAUGUCACUGAGGGGAACGAUAGUGUGUUUUCCCAAGCUGAGAAGGAUAGUGCAAAUACUUCGUCGUCAAGAAAGAGCGACAACAGUAACGAAUCCAUUGGCAUGAUUAAAUCAGGAUCCAUUCCAUUUGCAAGUCCUAUGAGCAAUCAAAAGACCGAUGUAGUUUUGCUGUUUACCCUGGUCGAUACUUCAUCAGGCCACCCAGCCAAUCUCGAUAUCCCAGCCAGAUUGAGUGGUGCUGUUGUGAUCAAUGGUUCAAUUUAUGUUACCCGUACUGGAGGACAAAUAAUCACAACAUUAAUUCCAGGAAGAGCCACUGCUGCUUCGGAAGAAGCUUCUACUUCCAAAAGUAAUGUGGGAAGAAUAGAGACUCCAUUUGUGAUUGUUGCGGGAGAAAGGCUUUUACAUGAUAUUUAUUUGGUUAUUGGGAUGGGACUUGCCGUUAUUUGGAUGAUUUCAUUGUAGAGAUUAAUAGACACAUGCGUUUAUUAAUGGUUAUAUAAAGUUAUACUAGGUUAUAGUAGUAAUAAAACAUAAUAAUUUCUAUCACUUGGAACUAAAGAUGCAUUGUUUGAAAUGUUCUCUAUUACAUCUUUUGCAUUUCGACUCUUUCUUCCUUAAGUGCAGUGUAUCCUUGAGGCUUGGUUUUGGCAAUGUAACGGUAGUAGUUGUACCACAUAACAUCACAGAAAGUCAACACUAAACCAACGCAGUUAAGAGAGGAUAACCUGUCACCGAAAACAGCAGCACUGACGGCAAUGGUUAACAAUUCCUUGAAACUACCAGCCACAGAAAGAGUGAUCAAAUGGGCAACCUUCAACAACAUGAAUUCACAAGACAUCAUCAAGAAUGCAAAAACACCAGGAAUAAUCAAUAACCCAAUAGUGGUGAAAACACCCUUGAUUUCCCAAAUUGGAGCCGAGGUGAAGUUACCCCAACCUUCAACGUAACAUCCCAACAAGAACAAGGCAAGAAACAUACAUGGAGAGACGUAGAAGAUAGUGGCAAUGGAGUUUGGAGUGUAUGGGUUCUUCUUUAACAAGAUUUGGGUGAAUGACCAACGAAGACCGGAUAACAUAGCAGCGGAAAUGGCCAAUGUGAUACCCAAGGUGGAGUAAACACCUCCCUUGGUGGAAGUGUCAAUGUUGUCAGGCUUAGCGGUCAUCAAGGUGACUGAGACAGUCAUAACCAAGACAAUGACAAUCAAUCUCCAGUUGAACUUUUCCAAUCUGAAUAAAAGGCCAAAUAAAAGCACAAACAUCAAAGACGAGGAUUUCAAGAUGGUGUAUAAACUCAAGGAAAGAAGAGAAACAGCAACGUUGGAAAGACCGAUAUCACCGGCAGAUGUAAGAGCACAUGGGACCAUUUGACGAACGUAAACUCUAAAGUCGAUAUGAACACUUUGGUAAAACAGGGCUUUUCUUAUGGUAGCAUCGUCGACAUGGGAAUGUUGAGGUAAUGCAUGGUUUGCACCAAUUCUAGGACGCAUCUCGGGGACAAAGUACAAAGUCAAGGUACUGAGCACGGCAAGACACAACUGAUGGAACGAAGUGAUAAAAAGGGGGAAUCUAAACCCAAGACCAGGACCAAACAUCCACUUGUUGUAAAUGUUGAUGGAGAGGGAAAAGGUAUACCAACCAGCGAUAUAAAACAAAGCAGCUUUCCCAUUGUGGCCAGCGGUGGAGGCAUGCAACGGUUCAGGGUCGGAGUUCUUUCUGGAAUGGGAGGACUUGGACAUUUCACGAAUGGAGUCUAAUUCAAGAUUGGGAGGAGCCAUAGCGUAUAAUUUAAUUUGUUCGCGUUUUAUUUGUAUAGAUUAUCCAGGGAGGGCGGGAGGCUGUUAAAAUGACAAUGAGCGGAGUUUGUUGCGGCUUACUAAAUUAGUUGGUAGUGAGCAAAAACGUGGGGGUAGAAUCUGGUUGAUAGCUGUCAAUAUAUGUACAGAAUAUAUUGCCAAGCACGUCAAUCAAAAGUUAAAAAACUGUUUAUCUUCUGUAAACAAGAU